AUGGCGAGUUGCUUCUUAGCCAGCGACCAAGCGACAAGGAGACUGAGAGCUACAGCGGCGGCAGCAGCGGCGGCAGCGGCAGCUCUAGCAGCGGUGGCGACCACCCCGCUUCUUUCUUCGGGAACCCCGACCGCACUCAUUGGGACCAGGUCGUCUUGUCCGGGAGCCAUGUGGCUCUCCACGGCCACUGGUUCCCGGUCAGACUCCGAGUCCGAAGAGGAGGACCUCCCCGUCGGGGACGAAGUCUGCAAACGCGGCUACCUGCGGAAGCAGAAGCAUGGGCACAGACGCUACUUCGUGGUCAAACUCGAGACCGCUGACGCCCCAGCUCGGCUGGAAUACUACGAAAAUGCCAGGAAGUUCCGGCACAGUGUCCGCGCCGCGGCGGCUGCAGCAGCCGCGGCCGCCUCAGGCGCCGCGGUCCCCGCGCUCAUUCCACCGCGGCGCGUGAUCACCCUAUACCAGUGCUUCUGCGUGAGCCAGCGAGCCGAUGCACGGUACCGACACCUCAUUGCCCUUUUCACCCAGGACGAGUACUUCGGGAUGGUAGCGGAGAACGAGUCGGAACAAGAAAGCUGGUACUUGCUGCUCAGCCGCCUCAUCCUCGAGAGCAAGCGCCGCCGCUGCGGCACGCUAUGCGCGCAGCCGGACGGAGAGCCGGCCGCGCUGGCGGCCCCAGCGGCGGCGGAGCCACCCUUCUACAAAGAUGUGUGGCAGGUAACAGUCAAACCCAGGGGGCUGGGGCAUAGAAAAGAGCUGAGCGGCGUGUUCCGGCUGUGUCUUACCGACGAGGAGGUCGUGUUUGUGAGGCUGAACACCGAAGUGGCCAGCGUGGUUGUUCAGCUCCUGAGCAUCCGUCGCUGCGGCCACUCGGAGCAGUAUUUCUUCUUGGAAGUUGGCAGAUCCACCGUCAUCGGUCCGGGGGAACUCUGGAUGCAGGUCGAUGACCGUGUGGUGGCCCAAAACAUGCACGAGCUGUUUUUGGAGAAGAUGAAAGCUUUGUGUGCAGAUGAAUACAGAGCCCGCUGCCGCAGCUACAGCGUCAGCAUCGGAGCCCACCUGUUAACCCUGCUGUCCACUAGGAGGCACCUGGGCUUGCUGCCGAUCGAACCCGGCGGCUGGCUCAGAAGGUCCCGCUUUGGGCAAUUUUGCCACCUCGGGGCCAUCGAUGACGGGGAAGAUGAGAUGCUCUUCACCAGGCGCUUUAUGACACCCAGCGAGCCUGCGGCCCCCUCCAGGCGUGGAAGACUCCCCCUGCCCAGAGCGCGCAGGUCCAAGAGAGCGAUUUCAGUUCCAGCCAGCUUUUUUCGCCGCUUAACACCCAGCCCGGUACGUACCCCGCACCCUGCGGAAGCCCCCAGCGACGGAGCUUGCAUGUCUUCUGAAACAUCUGGCUCCGGCUCUGGCAAUUCUGGGGAGGAAGGCAAUCCUCGGGACAAAGAGGAUCAGGAAGGAAGCAGAGGUGACUACAUGCCCAUGAACAAUUGGGGCUCAGGAAAUGGCCGAGGCUCAGGGGGUGGCCAGGGCUCCAGUAGCCAAGGCUCCAGUAGCCAGAGCUCAGGAGGAAACCAGUGUUCAGGCACGGGGCAGGGAUCCGGAGGUGGCCAGGGCUCAAGUGGCAGCCAGAGCUCAAGUGGCCAGGGGUCAGGAGGCCAUGGCGCAGGAGGAAACCGAUGCUCAGGUGAUGGCCAAGGCACCACAGGUGGCCACGGCUCAGGCAGUGGCCAGGGAGCCGGAGGUGGACAUGGCUCAGGUGAUGGCCAGGAACCAGAGGAUGGCCAUGGUUCUGGCGGUGGCAAGAACUCUGGAGGGGGUAAGGGCUCAGGAGGUGGGAAAGGCUCCGAUGAUGAUGGUGAACGUGGAAAAUCUCCGAAGAAAAGAUCCUACUUUGGCAAAUUAACUCAAAGUAAGCAACAGCAAAUGCCAGCACCUCCACCACCCCCAACUCCAUCCCCACCAGCUGGAGCAACUGGUGGAAAAGGGAAGUCUGGAGGAAGGUUCCGACUUUAUUUCUGUGCUGACAGAGGAGCCACAAAGGAACACAAAGAAGCCAAAGAAGUGAAAGACGUAGAGACCCCAGAAGGUGCAGCUCGGGGUCCCUAUAGAGCCAGAGCUUUUGACGAAGAUGAGGAUGACCCAUAUGUGCCAAUGAGGCCAGGAGUAGCUGCCCCUCUCGCAAGCUCCAGUGAUUAUAUGCCAAUGGCUCCUCAAAAUGUUUCUGAUUCAAAAAAGCGCCACUCUCAGUCACCUUUUGAAGAUUCAAGAGGGUACAUGAUGAUGUUUCCUAGAGUGAAUCCACCACCUGCCCCAAGUCCUCCAAAAGCACCCGAUGCUUAUAAAGAGGAUGACUCAAAGGACAACGACAAUGAGAGUGACUACAUGUUUAUGGCUCCUGGAGCCGGUGCAAUUCCAAAAAACUCUAGAAAUCUUCAGGGCGGCUCUUCCUCCAAAAGUUGGAGCUCCUACUUCUCUCUGCCAAAUCCUUUUCAGAGCUCACCCUUGGGACAGAGUGACCGCAGUGAGUAUGUACCAAUGUUACCUGGAAAGUUCCUGGGGAGGGGCCUAGACAAAGAUGCCUUAUUUAAUUGGGGUCCCAAAGAUGCAGCUUUGAAGCCUUCAGUUGAGGGGUCAUUCUCAAGACAUGUAGAUGGGGGGUCACCUUCAAAGCCUUUAGAUGAUGGGUCCCCAAAAAAUAAAGCUAAGAGACCUAACCGGCUUUCUUUUAUUACAAAAGGGGAUAAAAUCAAGCCAAAAACACAAAAGCCCACACAUGAGCAGAGAAAAGCUGACAGCUCUAGUGACUAUGUCAACAUUGACUUCACUAAAAGAGGUGGCAAUACGCCAGUCCUCUCUGCUCAAGGACUGCCACAUUCGUGGCGUAUAAUUGCUGACCCAAGACAGUCAGCCUUUUCACAUUACGUGAAUGUUGAGUUCGGAGUGCCAUUUCCAAAUCCAGCAAACGACCUCUCAUAUCUUUUAAGAGCUAUACCAGGUGCCAACCCCGUAUAUCUGGACGGUGGUAGGUGGCCAUUUCCUCCUCUUCCUCUCAGUGCUACAGGUAGCAAUGCUAACGGGGAAGAGGGUGACUACACUGAAGUAAUUUUCAACCCAGCAAUGACACCAGCCAUGCCUUUUGCUGACAGUGCCAUUCGGUAUGAUGCUGAAACAGGUCGGAUCUAUGUGGCCGACCCAUUUUCUGAGUGCUGUGUGGACAUUUCUCUCUCCCCCAGCCGAUGCUCUGAACCACCACCUGUAGCUAGGCUGCUGCAGGAAGAAGAGCAAGAGAGAAGACGCCCACAAAGCCGUUCGCAAAGUUACUUUACAUCUGCCAGAGCCGCUGUCUCCGCUUUUCCAACUGAUAGUCUCGAGAGGGACCUUCCCGCCGCCUCAGCCUCCGCUGCAGCUUCCGCAGCAGCUCCAGCCUUAGCCGUGGGCCGGGCUUUAGCGGCGGCCUCGGCGCUCGCCGCGGCGCCGGGCAUCGGCGUAGCCGCCGCGGGCUUCGAGGCCGCAGCUGGAUUUGACUCCGCCUCCGCCCGCUGGUUUCAACCUGUUGCUAAUGCCGCUGAUGCUCAAUCCCUAAGGGGAGCCCGACACAUCGCCCGUGGCUCGAACCCUGGAGCCCAAAACCUAUCUGCAGACCUCGCCGGAGGUGAGAACUGGGCGUGUGGGGCUGCCGCUGCAGCUGUCCCUCCCACACCACCACCUCGCCCUCGCCGGAUGCUAAGACCCCCGGUGAGAGAAGAUUCUGACGACGACGACGACAUUUACGUGACAAUGGACUUUGCCAGACCUGACAACAAGAAGUUCGACUCUCCCAAAAGAGGUUGGUAA